AUUCACCGAAGCUCUGCGGCUUGUCUACACUUCCUUCUCGAGGCCAAUAUAUAACGAGGUGCUUCGCAUUGCGUCUCGACAUAAUUCCUUGAACCCCUUGAAGGUAGUCCGUCCCUUUUCACAGCAUUUCUUCCCUCCUCACAAACACAAGAGAUGCCAUCCCGCGGCAGCCGAGUCGCAUUUAAGUCUCUUGGAGCCAGCGAAGUUGAGACGGGUGCUGCUGGGUCAGGCCACAAGCCUAGGACACGCAACAAGGACUCCUCCAUCCCUCCGUCACGGCAGCGCCAGAAUUGUUCUCAGUGCGGCAAACAGUUCUCCAGGGCGGAUGCUCUUCUCAGACACUGCAUAGCAAAGCACGUCCGUCCGGACGAGAGUCCAGCAUACUACUGCUUGGUACCGGGCUGCGACGCUCGAGACCACAAGUUUCGUCGCCAUGACAAGUUCUUGGCACACUUCAAGAGGCACCAGCUCAAUCGCAAGCCGCGGUACACGGUGGACUAUGUCUGGAGCCCCCCUCCCGACGAUGAUUCCACGGCAGAUGUGGACUCUACUGCUGCUGCUGCAGCCCCAGAGGUCGUGUCCACAACAGCAGACGUCGUUGCCUCGCCUCCCAUUUUGCUGGAGGACCAGCUCCAGGCCAUCUCCCCACAGCCUGCGUCCCUGUCCCCGAACGGACUGGCGGUGCUGCAUGCAGAGCACUCCAUCACGCUGGUCGAGCUCGAAGCAAGGGAGGCAGACCUUGAGAGCAGGCAGGCCGAGCUGAAGGAGAAGCAGCAGAAAUUUAUCCAGACCAGCGAUCUCAGGUCCGACCUGAUGAUGUUCCUGAACAAGUGGGACAUUCUCGGUGACGACAAUUGCGAGACGGUGCUCACCGUGUCUCUGCGGGCGGCGGCGAGGGCGGCAGAGACACAUUGUGUCAGUGCAGGACAGGAGAUGGAAGAGGCAUCAGAGGCAAGACGCCACGCGACAGAUCUUGUCGAGGCCAUUGCCAAGAGAGCGAGCGUGCUGAAGCGGGCCCUUGAUGCGAAGACGCAUCUGCAGACACCCGAGGAGAGAGCCGAGAGGACGCAGCUAUGGUGGCUGCUGUCGCGUACAUGA